AUGGAGGGUGAGAUCAACAACCUCAUCAUGGUAUGGGCUUUGGUGUAUGUGUCUGUAUGUUACUGCUAUGGUGUAGCUAGGAUCAUCCCAAAAGGUAGAACCAGACUCAUCACAUUCCUCCCAGUGGUGUCUCUCUUUCUAUUCCUCCCUCUUAACUAUCUACAUUCCAUCCAUCUUGGAGGUGGAACCUGUGUCUUCAUAUCUUGGCUAGGCAACUUCAAGCUCCUAAUGUUUGCUUUCGAUGUGGGCCCACUAGCCGACCAAUCACUCCCUCUGCCCCACUUUGUAGCUCUUGCUUGUCUCCCCAUUAAAUACCAAAAAAACCCACCCCCACAACCUCCUUCAAAUUUAAAAGUGGGCCCUAAUAAAGACAUCCCAUAUCCUGAAAUCUCCAGAAGUGGCAUCGAUUCGCCUUUAGUUUAUGCAUUUAAGGGUCUGGCCUUAGCCUUAUGGGUCCGUGGGUAUGAUUACAGCAACUAUUUGUAUCCGAAGGUGGUUAGGUUUCAAAUUAUUAUACACUUGUGUGGUACCGUGGAGUUCUUAUUCGCCAUUUUUGCAACCCUAGCUCAAGUGCUGCUACGGACCAAGGUCGAGCCACAAUUUAACGACCCACACCUCUCGACGUCGCUACAUAAUUUUUGGGGUAGCCGGUGGAACCUCAUGGUUUCGGAUACCCUACGUUCCAGCAUAUACAGGCCGAUAAGGAACCACUUUCGGCCCAUUUUGGGACAUGAAUGGUCCUUAUUUCUAGCCCUAAUGGGGAGCUUUCUCGUGUCGGGCCUGAUGCACGACCUUGUAUUGUACCAAACUGGCCGCAUGAGGCCCAAGUGGCGCUGCACGUUGUUUUUUGUAAUCCAUGGGCUGUGUUUGAUAGUUGAGAUUGUUACGAAGAACAAGUUAAGUGGUAAAUUUCGGUUGCCGUCAGUAAUUUCAGGAUUGGUAACCCUUGCGUUUGUGGCGGUUACUUUUUCACGGCUGAUUCUGACCGAAUUACUACAAAUUCGUGUUGUUCAAAGGUUGUUUGAAGAGUAUGCGGCCGUGGGCACUUUUAUGAGAGAGAUUAUUCAUUGA